UGACGCUACGCAGCACCCCUCCACUUCCGGUCGAAUUGUUCGGGGCUCGUGGGCCUCGUGGGUUUGGUCCAGUCACCUCGCUCCUUCCUCGUCACUACCUAUUUCCAACCUCUUGCACUUGCACAUAAGAACAUCAACUUUUCCCUUUCUCAAUCCCUUUUUAUCUUACUCCUCCUUCCUUUUUUUUUUUUUUUUUUUUCAACAAACCUCAUUAUAUCACCUCUACUCCCCGUGUUUCUAAAACUUUAGAAACAUAACAUACAUCCUCACAAAUUCUACCAUCCUAUUAUCCGCACUUACAACAUCACAUCUCUUCUAUCACCUCUACCUACACUAAUUCACAAUGGGCAAGAAGGCAGUGCACUUCGGCUCCGGCAACAUUGGCCGAGGCUUUGUCGCAUGUUUCCUACAUGAGUCAGGCUACGAGGUCAUCUUCGCCGAUGUUGUCGACAAGCUUGUAGAUGCCCUAAACUCGACACCUUCGUACAAGGUCAUUGAGCGUGGUGUUGAAGGCACAGAUGUCAAGACAAUCACCAACUACCGAGCUAUCAACUCCAAGCACAACGAGGCUGAACUUGUUGACGAGAUUGCAACUGCCGACGUUGUCACCUGCUCUGUCGGCCCUAACAUCCUCAAGUUCAUCGCCCCCGUCAUUGCCAAGGGUAUCGACAAGCGCUCAAAUGAACUCCAGCCUCUCGUCGUCAUUGCUUGCGAGAACAUGAUCGGUGCCACAGACGCCCUCGCUGGUCACAUCAAGGACCCCAAGAACACUCCCGAGCACCGCCUCGAAGACCAUCACGAGCGAGCUGCCUAUGCCAACUCUGCGAUCGACCGUAUUGUUCCUGCCCAAGAUCCCAACGCCGGCUUGGAUGUGACUUUGGAGAAGUUCUACGAGUGGGUUGUCGAGGAGACUCCGUUCCAACAUGGCGAGAAACCGUCCAUUGAGGGGAUCAAGUGGGUAGGCAACCUACAGCCCUUCAUCGAGCGUAAGCUCUUCACCGUCAACACAUCACACGCCACUGCCGCCUACUUUGGUUACAACAGGCAGAAGCAGACCGUCGACGACGCUAUGCGAGACAAGGACAUUAAGAGUCAGGUUGCCGCAGCAGUCAACGAGACCGCCAAGCUUAUUGUAGAGAAGCAUGGCAUCGCCCCCGAGGAGCAGGAGGCCUACAAGAAGAAGAUCAUUGACCGAAUCAGCAACCCUCAUUUGGCUGAUGCUGUCGAGCGUGUUGGACGUGCUCCCUUAAGAAAGCUUGGUCGCAAGGAACGCUUCAUCGGUCCUGCUGCUGAAUUGGCCGAGAUGGGUUACGACACACCAGCCCUCCUAGCUGCCGCCGAGAUGGCCUUCCGCUUCCAGAACGUGGAUGGUGACGACGAGAGCAAGGAGCUUGCCAAGAUCAUGUUGGAGAACAGCCCCGAGGAGGUGGUCCAGAAGGUGUGCGGUCUACAAAAGUCGGAGAAGCUAUAUCCCAAGGUGGUUGAGAUCGUCCAGAAGGUCCAGGCGGACAGCCAAGACUAAGCACCUGGAUAAAUAUCUCCCCUUUCCAAGUGCCUCUUUGCCUUCUGUGUUCUAUUUCCGCAUUUGCAUUUCAGAUGAAUUUCACGGCAUGGGAGCGAUUGUUACGUCUAGGGAAAUGACAGGGGAUAAAGGCG